AUGGCCGAUCUACUCGCUUGGCUCGUCUCCUUCUUCCUCCUUAUUGCCUUGCUUGUUCUCGUCACUUACCAGCUAAUGUGCCUGGCAGACCUAGAAUUUGAUUAUAUAAAUCCUUAUGACUCCUCUACUCGAAUAAAUAUAGUGGUUUUCCCAGAGUUUGCUACGCAAGCUGUCCUAUGCUUCUUCUACCUAGUUACCAGGCAUUGGAUUAUGGCACUCUUUUGUGUUCCUUACACUUUUUACAACAUCAGAUUGUACAGGCAAAGAAGGCAUUUGGUUGAUAUAACUGAGAUAUUCAACAUGCUCCCUUGGGAAAAGAAGCAAAGGCUUGUCAAACUCUUCUACCUUCUUUUUACCCUUUUCCUCUCUGUAUUUUGGAGGGGAAAUUCAAGGGAGAUUUCUUUCGAAGGAAGAUUGAACCAGCAUCCACAUUGCAAUUCAUGUUCAUUCUUUGAAUCAGAACAGAAGUAUAUUGAUUCUUAG